AUGUCUAACAAUCGCCGUAAACUUUCUUUUCGAAGUAAAGAAACAAGCUACAAUGAUUCUGCGAAUACAAAUGGCGGUUCCCUUAGCAAUGGCUUCAAUUCUGUUCGGGGAAGCAUCCGGCGAUUACGUCGCGUCUCAGGUGCGACAACUCCCUUAAAUCCUAGUUCCAAUUCCUCUGCCUAUCAAGAAACAGCACCUUCGCAAUCUUCCGCUUCUCUUUUUCCUCGUAUCCAAUCCAUAGCCAGCAUUGCUCGGGAACAAACCUCAC